ACGCGGAUGCGGAAGUACCAGGGAAGCACUGAACCGUUGUUUUGCUAAUCAGUAGCCCGGAUGCUAUCACCUACGGCAGAGCUCCGUGUGUUUUUUUAUUUAUUCGUAACCGAAAGCAAAUUAAAACAUCACCCAUGGUCAGGAUGACCCAGAAGCACUGCCUGGAGGGCCAGGUGUACUCGGUGCCGCUCAUCCAGCCGGACCUGAGGAGAGAGGAGGCGGUCCAUCAGAUAGCAGAUGCUUUACUGUACCUGGAGACCAUCUCUACGGAUAUCUUCAAAAGGGUGUCUGACAGUGUGGAGAAGAACCGCCGCCAGCUGCAGAGCGUCACUGACCGGAUCAAACUAGCACAGGCUCGUGUUGACAAGAUCAAAGGAAGCAAGAAGGCCACUAAGGUUUUCUCCAGUGCCAAAUACCCGGCCCCUGAUCGACUUCAGGAUUAUUCAUCCAUCUUUACUGAAGCUACAGACCCCUCCUCACAAACCCGCCCCCGCUUAAAGAUCCAGAAUAAACUUAGACCAUUUGAUGAGAAGGCCUUACAGGAGAAGUUGAUGUAUUUCCCGGUGUGUGUGAGCAGUAAGAAGAAGUCUGAGGAUGAGACAGAGGAAGGGCUGGGCAGUCUGCCACGCAACAUCUCAUCCGUCAGCUCCCUGCUGCUUUUUAAUACUACAGAGAACCUAUAUAAGAAGUAUGUGUUCCUUGAUCCUCUGGCUGGAGCGGUGACAAAAACACACACUACACUAGAGACCGAGAAAGAAGAGAAGCCGUUUGAUGCACCGUUGUCCAUAACAAAGAGAGAGCAACUAGAGAGACAGACAGCAGAGUCUUACUUCUAUGUGCCAGACUUGGGCCAGGUGCCUGAGAUCGAUGUGCCAUCUUACCUGCCUGACCUGCCGGGCAUUGCAGACGACCUGUCCUACAGUGCGGAUCUUGGGCCUGGCUUCGCCCCGUCAGGACCCGCACAAAACAUCCCUGAGCUUCCCUUCUUCCCCGACGAGAGCAUUGCAGCUGGACCUCAACUCCAACAGUACGUCCCGCCUCCUCCUCCACCACCUCCUCCUCCACCUCCACCCCCCGAGCCCGGCCUGGCUCUCCCCAUUCCAACAGGAGCUCCGCCUCCUCCUCCACCUCCUCCGCCUCCUCCUCCAGUGGACGUCACCGCAGAUGCCUCUCGAGCGCAAGGUUCAGGCCCUGUGGCUGGGGCACCCAGCGAGGUGGUCCAACCGUCAGACGGCAGAGCCAGCCUCCUAGAGUCCAUCCGCAACGCCGGAGGCAUCGGCAAGGCCAAGUUACGCAACAUUAAAGAGCGCAAGAUGGAGAAGAAGAAACAGAAGGAGCAGGAACAAGCGGCUGGGGCAGCGUCUAGUGGCGGUGACUUUAUGUCCGAUCUGUUCAACAAACUUGCAAUGCGAAGGAAAGGUAUUUCUGGGAAGGGUCCAGCAGGUGGGGAGACAGGUGAGGCUCCUGCUGGUACAGGCGGUGCAUUUGCCAGGAUGUCGGAUGUGAUCCCACCACUUCCCGCCCCGCAGUCGGCCACAGACGAUGACGACUGGGAAGCAUGAAAUGAAGGACAAUGAAAGCACUCCGUCAUGGAUAAUGUCGUGUAAAGAGCUUUUUCAAAAUCAUCCCAUCUCAUCAGAAAUGGUCCCAGAAGAAGAAAAAUAAUCAAUGAAACUCAAUUGAUAAACAAUUUAUUGAUAAUCAUAUUCAUUGUAAAACAUAUUUUCAUAACUCUUACAAACAAAUAUGAUUAGAAGUCUAACAGAAAUCGUCUUACUAACAUCUCUCGAUUUUAAUAAACGUUUUUCAUUACAUAACAGCUCACAUUGACCCUCUGGGGGUAAACCAGUUUCAUUGAUGCCCGAGUGUCUUAUCUCUGCAGCAGAUGCUUCAGUAAUUCAUUUCAACUUUCUGUUGUAAAAAAAAUAGUCAAGGCUACCUUUUUGCCUCCAGUUGAAUUUCAAGACAUCACCAGAGAAACAUCUGUCUGAUAAACGCUCAUUAGUUUAGCUUUGUGGCUUAAAAUAAUGUCAAAUAUAUUCAUUAUUUUCUCAUUUAUAUUCACAUUUUUUUUACAGAUGUGUAAGCAGAAGACUAGUAGCAGAGAAGGUUUGAGAGCUGAAAUGUAAAACAGAACAAGAGUGAUGGAAUAAAAACAGAAUAACUGCC